AUGGAGGACCAGCUGCGAAGACGAGUCGAGGAGCUCGAGGAGGAGAACAGGAGUCUCUGUCAAAAUUCCUCGGCGUCUCGGCCAUCUUUCCCCAUCGAUCUCAACCCUCCACCGGCAAUCAUCGAGGAGCCGCCUCCCCGCCGUGAACCAGUCGCGGCCCUCUUCCCUUUGCAACAACUCCGCCGCUCCCCUCGACCGCUAGCAGGCCCUCCAACGCUGCUGUUUCUUCACGCACCGCCAUCGCAGCAACUUCCGGCGAGCCUCUUCCACCCCGAGCAAGCCGCUUCCGACUAUUGCGAGCUCCUAGUACCGGGCGUUGAACCACCAACGACAAACCCCUCACGCAGCGAACCACCGUUGGGGAAAGCCCUUGUUGCCGGCGAAUCGCAGCGGACGAUUUCUGGCCACUCACGGCUGAGUUACUAA